UAUCGAAGAAAACAGUGCGCCUUUUGAAUACAAAACUUUUCGUUUUUUUCUUAAAAAACGCUUACAUACAACAACUACUCUACCUCAAACACCACGGAAAUGCGUGAAUUGUCGCUAUUGAGCGUGGUCAUGGCCGUUUUGCUAGGCUUCAUGGUCACCACAAUAAGCCCCGUUAUCGCUCUGCGCAUCAACGCAGGACGCACAACGCCAGUACCAACAACAACUACAGAAACUGCUGCCGCUGCAACGAGUGAACGUCCUCUGCCCAUUUACAUUAACAACAAUAUACCAAACGUUGACGUCAGCUGUACGGUGCGCUACAAGUGCCAAGCGAAGUUGAAGGGCACCACGGUGCCGCCAAGGCCGUGCAUUAGGUACUGCGUGAAGUUCAUCGAAUGUCCAAAUGCGCCAAAGAUCCAUGGCACGGCGGGGCAGUGUGUCGAUUUGGAUGAGACUAAGGUACGGCAACAGUAUGAGGCGGACCAAAAGAAAGCUGGUGGUGUUCGUAUUAUGGAAGUGGCAAUGAUUGAUUUCCCAUGCCGUCCUGGUUUCCUGCCCGACGAUUUGGGCCGUUGCCGCGAAAUUUGGUGAAGAGUGAUGCGUUGAGAGAAAAUUUUCUAACUUUGUUUCAAUAAAAGCAAUUAAAUGAGUUUGCAAAGUAAUGAACAUAAACUAAAUUUGUUUUUAUGUUAACGGUACAGUGCUUUCAAAUAUUUUAUAUACCCACAUAUGUAUGUGGUUGGUCAAGUGUUAUCGCGGUUUUUUGAUUACCCCAACAACUGAAAUUUUUUUUUUCGGCAUAAGUAUAACAAAAGGAAAUAAUAUUGUAACAGAACUCCAAUAAUCCAAAUAAUCUCAAAAUCUCAAUCAUAAUUUAGAUCUAAAACAAAACGCAGAGAAUAGCAUAGAUAAGAAUAAUUAACUAAUUAAUUAAUAAAACAAAACAAUAUAAAA